GGGGAGCUGUACGUGCCGCGCCGCCUGCAGAAGGGCGUGGCGGUUCGCGCGGCGGCGCUGCGCGCGCCGGGGCUCCGCGACGUGUUCGUGGUGAAGGAGGCGUCGCGCGAGGCGCUGCAGGCGCUGGUGCCGCCCGCGGAGCGCGUGCAGCCGCUGGACCGCCACGCGCCCGACACGCGCUUCGUCGCCUGCCGGAAGAUGGGCUGGGCCAAGUUCCGGGACGCCGGGGCGGACAGCGACGGCGGCGAGAACCCGCUACUGGGCUUCCUGGAGGCGGAGGGCGAGGAGCUGGAGAAUAACGCGGCGUUCCUCAAGGGCUGCGUCUCCUGCACCCCCUUCGAGGAGGAGCUCGCCGCCGCCGGCGUGCUGGUGAGCGGCGAGCCGGGCGCGGGCAAGUCGGAGGCGCUGCGCCGCGUGGGGCGGUGGCUGGCGGAGCGGCGCGCGGGCGACUGGGUGGUGCGGCUGUCGCUGGCCGACCACGCGGACGCGCUGGCUGCGUGCGGCGGCGAGUGCGCGGCGACGGCGGCGGAGGCGCUGCUGCGGCGCGCGGCGGGGCUCGCCGACCCCGCCCACGCCCCGGGCCCCGCCCCCACCGCCGACGACCUGCUCGCCGGCGCCCUGCUGCGCGACCGCCUGUGGGAGACCGGCCGCCUCCGCGUGCUGGACUCGUGUGUGUCCAGCCUGUGGGUGUCGUCGCGUGAAGUGAUGGAGGAUCGCCUGGAGGCUGAACUGCGCGUGAGGGCGUUCAGCCUGAAGCCGCUCUCGCUGGCGGACCAGGAGCAGUUCUGGGUGGAGUACUGGUCCGGACCACUUGGCAGCACCCUUCCCAAGGAGACGCUCAUGCGCAAAGCCAAACAGCUGCUGCAUUACCUUGGUGGUCGCUUCCGCAGCCAGCUACGCCUCAACAUCCCGCUGCAUACGAACAUCAUGGCCAACCUUUUCGGCCGUGGCUUUCUCUCGGGCAAUUGCGAGGAGAGCUUGCGCCACAAGGACAUACUCUACGUCUACGAUAAAUUUGUGGAGAUGAAAUUCGAUAUAUACUGCAAGGAGAAAGCAAGCAUAGUAGCUAAUUCAGUUGUGAUAAAGAACCUUCUGAACGCAUUGCACAGAGAUUUCAUGGAGAAGCACAAGAUGUGCGGUUUGCUUGAGAGUGGGAUUUUCGACUUUCUUCACCCCAAAGUAAAGCAGGACAUCUGUAAAAACACUGAAGGUUUCAUUGCUGACAUUCAGAAAGGAGUUGAGAAAACAGGAAUAAUUGUCGGUGUGUUUUGUGGGAAACCCAGAUUUAUUCACAGAACGUUUGCGGAGUAUUUUACAGCAAGAUGGAUCGCCGAACAUCAUGCGGAAAAUCCAGGAAUUUUGGAUGUAUUGUUGGAACGUCGAUUUAAAUCUCUGAAAAGUGUAACAGAUCAACUAAUGUCGAAACAGCACGAACUUCACCGAUGCGUACUGAAUGAUGAUGUUGACUGCUUGAAGGAAAUUCUUUUGAAAAAUUGUGUAGAUAUUGAUGCUGUAGACAAUGGCGGGAGAACAGCGUUGAUUUUGGCUGUUCAGAAGAAUUCAGAUGUAGGCUAUGAAAUGUCUCGACAUCUAUUGAAAAAAGGCGUCGCCGUGCUGGGGGACAGAGAAAUCUAUUGUGCCGCAAAGUCUCAAGCUUGGAAUAAUGUGAAGCUUCUAUUAGAUAAUGGGAUUACACUGACCAACUCUGUAGUUCGAAACGAAGACGUCCAAAAUGUGCUGGAAAGUGCCUUCUCGCAGAAUAUUAUCACAGAAGAAGAUAAGGGCGUUAAGGACUUGGACCUGAACUGGAACAUCUUCUCCAAUGGAAGAUCAAUUCUCCACCUCGCUAUCCAAUGUGGUGCGCAAGAGAGCACCGACACACUGCUGGAGAUGGGUGCCGACCCGCAGUCGAAAGAUCGUCACUCCAACAGCCCUCUGCAUUACGCUGUGUUGCGUCACGACGAGGAGUUGGUCGACAAGCUCCUGUCCCGGGGAGCCUUCAUUCAACAGAACAUCCAGGGCGAAACCCCUCUGUUCCUCGCCUGCUCCCUGGGCCUCGUUCCGGUCGUGCGGAAACUUUUGGGUCACGGUGCCAGCGUGAACGCCCGCUCCAAAACCGGCUCCACCUUGCUUCACGCGUCUGUCGACCAUCUUGAUGUAAUGGAAAUUCUCCUUCAGUAUGAAAUUGACGUUGAUGCCACAGACUGCCGCGGAUUCACAGUUCUUCAUGAAGCGACGCGUAGGAAGAAGAUCGAUCUCAUAUCCCUGUUGCUGAAGAGGGGAGCCAAUGUGAAUUGUUUAAAUUUACAAUCGCAAACUCCUCUGUUGAUUGCUGUAGCUAAUGAGUGCAUAUCCAGUGCGACGUUGCUUCUCAAAGCUGGUGCCAAUGUCUCUGAUGUAACUUCAUCUGGUAAUUCUCCGCUUCACAUUGCUGUAGGAAAGAAGAACAUCUUGAUGACGACAUUGCUUCUCAGAAACGGUGCAGAUGUGAAUAUUCAAAACCACAAAGGAGAUUCUUCUGUUGACCUUUCUCGUAAAUUAGACGUAAAGGAGAUUCAGAUUGUCAUUAACUCUCAAACGCACAAGAGGACGUCUCAAAAGUCCGAUGAGGAGAAGAUAGUAAAUGGCCAUCCCAAGACAGAUGAUUCUCCUUGCCAGAAAGGAUAUUGGGAGGAGGAGGAAGAUGAGGUGGAUGCAAAGAAAAAGCGUGAACUUGCGCAGUCUCUUAGAAGUUCUCAGCCAGUUUGGUCGCCGGAUCAAGCUGCAAGCCCAGAAGCCGCUGCAUUACUUUCAGCUAUCAAACGCCGCAAUAUGCGGGAUGUCAAAGCCAUUUUAGUCAGUAAUUCAAAGGACGCGUCGCUGUGGAGCGCGCGGGACAGCGCGGGCGACUCGGCGCUGCACCUGGCGGCGCGCACGUGGACGGCGGAGGUGGUGAGCCUGCUGCUGGUGCAUGCGCCGCCCGAAGCGCUGGCGGCGCGCAACGCGGCCGGGGACACCCCGGCGCACGUGGCGGCCGCGCGCCGCCUGUACAGCAUCUCGCUGUCGCUGCUCGCCAGCGGCGCCGACCCCUGCGCGCGCAACGCCCUGGGGGACACGCCGCUGCACGUCGCCUGCCGGCUGGCCGUGUACCCGCAGGUGCGCUUCGUGACGCCGCGCCUGCCCUCUGCAGCGCUGCUGGCGCGCAACGACGCGGGCGACUCGGCGCUGCACCUGGCGCUGGCGCUGGGCGAGAGCAAGGAGGAGGCGCAGCUGCUGCAGCCGCCGCCGGGCGCCACGCGCGCCACCCUGCUCAUCCUCUACGAGAGCAAGGACGUGGUGAGUGGCUGGGGCGUUCCGCAGGGGCCGCGCAAGGAAUAC